AUGGCGUCCGUGGCCGACGACGAUUUCGCCAACUUCUUGGAUCUGAACAACCUGGAGGAUAUCGAUCUGGAUUUUCCGACAUAUGACGCCAACGAUGGGAGCAUGGAGAGUAGUCGCGAGCUGAAUGACCUUGCGGAUAGCCUCGACUUGCAACAUCUGCCGGCUAGUGGGACGUUGACGCCGCAGGUCGAGUUUGGACUCGGUGGGCAGGCACAGCAGACAGGGCAUCCGGGGAACGACAUGCAAGAGCCGGGCAAUGCGAUCUUCGACUUUGGGUUCCAAGCGCCUGUGGGACAGUAUCAAGACCACAACCAGUAUGGCAUGCAGUACGGUCUCAACUUCCACCCGCAGUCAGUGGUCCCGCCGACACCGAACAGCGUCGAGAUGCACGCAGAUACUGCGCGGUACCUGCAGCAGAUGGAUGCGCAGACAAGGGCGAUACUGGAGCAGCGGUAUCAGUUGAGAAAGGAUGACGCUGUCCCGCGGGACUUUACCGUGCCCGGCGCGUACGCGUUCAGUCCGCUCACAUCGCCCGCGUUGGAAGCGCAGAAUCAGAACAUGAGGGCAUACUACUCUUCCGCGGGCGGAUCGACAAGCUCACUAGGCACAGCCCCACUACUCGACCAAGACGUGGAUAUGCUUGGAGACUCCGCCGCGCCCCUAAUAGAGCCAGCGCCGCGAUCCAGGACAAACAACAGGGCUUCCGCCGUCCGGUCAGGCCCAUCAACCCGCAUCCGCCAGUCCCCCAUCGUGAAGCCCAGCAGACGAAAAGCGACGCUCUCCUCCACCGUCCCACCAAAAGAAGUCAGCGACCUCCUCGAAGAAGUCCAGCGACGCAAAGCCGGCUCAGCACAGCAGCACGUCUCUGGCCUCUCCGUACCCAACAGCAUGGAAAGCUCACCCGCCGAAUCCAUCUCCCCGGAACCUCUCUCCGAGCCCCUAAUGGGCCCACCCCCCAAACCCAGCUCCCUUCACCCCUCCCCCUCGAUCCUCGCAAACGGCACCCGCGGAGCGACAUCCCUCUCAGCGCCAAAACCUCAAGCACCCUGUCCCGCAACCCCCGCAUCCCUAAUGCGUCUACCGGCGCAACCAGACCACCCCUCAUCCGUCCCUCCCUCCCCCUCCUUCCUAAUCACUCCCGCGAACACAAUCUCAAUGCCCAUGCUCGAAGACCUCGCCCUCCCCGAAGCCGCGGACCCAGCGCCACUCCGACCCUCCCUCACCCCCAUCGACACCGCCAUCCCCGCUCCCGGCGGCAGCGACGACACGCCCCGCAUCCCGGCGCGCAAAACUCCAAAGCUGAGCGCGAAUUGUACGCCCAUGAUGAGCGCGACGAGCAGUAGUAGCGCCAAGCCGAGUCCGGUCAUUGCGGCGAUGAGUCCGAGUAGUGCUCGUAGGGUGGAACCCAAGGCUGGCAGGGGGAAGAAACGGGGGAGCGUUAGUGGAGCUGGUCCGGGUGCGGGUGUGGGUGGCGGGUUUGGAGGAGGACAGGGCCAGAGUCCCGCGCUGAGGCCGAAGAUCAGUCCCGUCAUCAAGCCGUUGUUGCCGGAUGGUGGCCACCCGACCCACCCGGCCCACCCGACCCACCAAACUCUCUCCCCGGACGCCCACGCCCUCCUCCUCGCCUCGCGCUCAAACUACCAGAACCUCAUCGAAGGCACCGCCGUCCCCGGGGUCUCGUAUCCUGAAACCCUCGCCACGAACCUGACGGCCAAGCGCACGAGCCACAAGCUCGCCGAGCAAGGGCGCAGGAAUCGCAUCAAUGUCGCCUUGGCGGAGAUGGCGGUUCUGUUGCCUGGGUCUGCGGUUUCAGUUUCUUCGCCCGCGGCGGGCCAGGGGAACGGGGAGAAGGAGGGGGCGGCGAGCUGUAAGAGCCCCGAUGGUGGGGGCGCGGGGAGGGAGGGCAAGGAGGGCGCGAGUAAGGCGGCGACGGUCGAGAAGGCGAUUGAGUAUAUCAGGAUAUUGCAGCGGGAGGCGGGAGCCAGGGAGGGGGUUAUUAGGGAGAGGGAGGGGGAGAUUGCCGCGCUGAGGGAGAGGCUGAGUAAGCUGGAAUCAGGAAGCAAUGGCACAGAGCGGGACGAGUCUGAAGAGGCGGCAGCGACGGCCGGGGCGAGCGAGGUGAUGAGUGAUGGGUAA